AUGACCAUCCAGGACGCCACCUCCAGCAUCCCGAGCAAACACGGCUCAUUGGCCUUAUCAAUGGCUCCUCGAAAAAGGCGUAACUCCUCAUCUGAUCCACUUGUCUUCCACGGACGCCACUUUGGUCGAACGGUAUUUGCGUUAUGCAACUACCCUUCCCUACUCACCAACGAACAACGAGAACAUUGUGUCUUUGAGCAGCUCUUGGACUCCUACCCUGGCCUUCUGGAGCGCUUGAAAGGUGGAUCUGAGGAAGAUAUCCUUCACAUAGGAGAGCUGGUCGGCAAGGGAGCCGCAGGCGCUAGAGGCGACGAUACAAAGACGUUGAAAUCUGCGAUCCUUGACUGGAUUUCCCUGAAAGGAGAAGCGAUACAGCCCCCUUUACACAGAAAUUCCAAGAUUGACCGUGGUUUUAAUCACGAACUUACGGGAUCACUUCUUUGUCCCGCUGGGUUGGAUUGGAAUGACCCCCAGACCAAAGAGAACCUCCGAAGUGGCGAGAUGCUUGUUUGUGGGGAUCAGUGGCCCAUCUUUUUGUACGCCCAGCACGUCUAUGAUCCUGAAGAUCCGUGGUCCGGUCUUCUUAGGAGCCGCUUGCUGACAUGUGCCUAUAAGCAUGUUUUCACGUCUCCGAGUUCGGUUGACAAGGAGCCGAAGGCCAUGCGAUCCGGGAAUGCUCAUCUCCAUGGAAUGAAUUCUGUCACCAUAGCCUCCAUAGCCUAUAUUGCCACUCAGGUGCGAUUCGCUCUCAGCUCAUCCUCAGUGUUCUCACAGACCGACACAACCACAGACUCCGAGACAUUUUACCAUAGCCUUCUAGACCUCUUAGAAGACCCUGAGGAAUCCCAGGAAGUUGACAAGCUGCUGACCUGUCAAAUUUUUCCUGCUUCCUCUGCCGCCAGAAGACCUAUCAGCGCCAACAGCACCUUAUCCAAGAUCCGACAAAGGUGCAUUGCCCUCAAACGAGCUGCAGUUCUGGAUAACAUCCAUUCAUAG